AUGUCGGCACAAAACACCCCUGGAAGGAGAUCCGUCUCGCCGCAGCCUCCCGCCUUUUUCUCACCACCAUCUGACCCGGGCUAUGUCUCGCCAGAACCCGCCGCGCAGGAAAUCUAUGGCGACAUAUAUCUCCCCACUGACCCAGCUGAUACGAGGUCAGUUCGAGAGGCUGAACUCAGAAACGCCAACAAGUGGGAAGAAGUGCGCCAGUUGGAACGACAGGUAUUUGAAGAGCACCAGCGGACGCUAGGCCAGGAGAACGCCGAGACCAUCAGUGCAGCGUAUGAGAUCGCCUACACGGCGAAUGACACGGGUCAUUCUCUAGACUGCGAAAGAUGGACCGGCUGGGCGCUUCAAGUCGGCAGCAAAUUCUUGAACCCCAAACAUCCCCUGAUCCUGAAGCUCAACAGGCUCGAGGGCGAGAUCCUCACGGACAAGGGCGACUGGGAGGACGCCGAAAACAUCUUGGCCAACACUCUAGUCAACCAACAGGAUGCCCUCGGUCCCAACCACCUCGAUACUCUCACAACCGAGCGUGCUCUCGGGGUGGUAUGCCAUGCUCUCAAGCGCCCAGAAGAGGCCCAAAACAGGCUGCAGCACCGUCUCGCAGCCCUCUCCGAAGUGCUGGGCGAGAACCACGUCCUGGUAGUGUCGGCAGUGAUUGACCUGGUCGAGAUCAGCACCCCCUCGCCAGACGCAGACCCUUAUGGUCUCGAAAAGACAAAUCCCAAAGUGAUCUCUGCCGAAGUCGGCAUCCGAAACCUCUACAAUAAGCUCAGGCAGUCGGUCGGUCCCACCAACCGGGUCACCCUCCGCGCGCUGAGGAACCACGGCAAGCUCAAGAUCCUGCUGGGUGAUAUCACCGAGGCCGGCGACUUGCUACGUCGAGCCAAGUCCCAGACGGAGGAGACGCUCGGGCCAGACCACCCCGAUACCAUGGCCGCGGUGGUGGCCAUGGCGAUACUCUACGCCAAGACAGGCACCCCACGGCCUGGUGUCUUCCCGGCUGCGUCAAGGCCCUGGAUGGAGCUUUACCUCAAGUGGCUGGAGCCGAGGAAAGGACUCAAGGUUGCAGAGGUCCAGAAUGCGCUCGCCAUGCUGGGCAUGUCGUACGUGAAGGAUAGCCUGUGGCUAGAAGCCGAAAUGUGCUUUGAGAAGCUGGUGAUGGCGUAUCAAGGGACGAAGAAGCAGGGGAGUACAGAGGCCCAGCAGGCGAGCAUGUGGCUUGAGACGUGUAGGAUGACCACGCGUACCAUGGGGGUCGCGAGGAACAGGGGGUAUGGGGGAGGUGGGAAUGGCGGUAACGGGGGAAGGGGAGGCGGUGGUGGGGGAGAUCUUGCCAACCUGCUGGCCACGUUGGGGCUUGGGAGAAAUAGGUGA